CCAGUUUGGAAUAUUCAAAGCAACCUUCAUGGACUCUUCAACGUCGAGCAUACAAGAGCCUUUCGACCUUAUCCGGCUCUCACUCAGUGAACGUGUAUUCGUCAAGCUAAGAGGAGACAGAGAGCUCACUGGCAUUUUACACGCAUAUGAUGGACACAUGAAUCUCAUUCUCAGUGACGUUGAGGAGACCAUCAUGAUUGUUGACCUGCCUGAGGGCGUGGCUGAGGGUCAAGGGACGGUCAACGUCGCGAAACGAAAAAUGGACAUGCUAUUCGUCCGGGGAGACGGAGUGAUUCUGGUCUCACCGCCUUCUCGGACGUGAAGUUGCAGCCGCAUCUGCUUUUGGCUCAUAUGGGCUCUGGGCCCUCUGCCAAUAUAUUGUUGUAACACUUGUGUUUUGAACCCGUUAUCGCAACAGUAACUUGAAAGAAUUGAAGGAUAUAUGCAUGUCAGUGUCACGGCAAAGCAAUGUCAAGGUAUUUCGUCCAUCUCUCAACAAGUCUCUGUCCCAUCCCAUUCACUCUUCCCCAACUUUUAGCGACGAUCAUCACCAGGGAGUCCAACCGGUAGCUCAUCGUCUGGCUCCGGUGCUAUAGCACCUAACGGCCAUGUAUUAUCUCUAAUCCAAGCUGCAUGUGUGAUUUUUAUCUGGGCAACAUGUAGAUCCACUCCAUAUUGAAAGUGAAUGAAUGGACAUACGAUAAGCGAGAGAGGCAU